GCACUUUGCAAGUACUCGAUAGCACUCUGCUCACAUGAGUGGCAGCAAGGAACAUCAGCGUUGCGUUGGCCCAUUCCGCUUUCCAGUUGCCAUUGCUGGUGACUCACGCACCACCAACUGACCUUCUUCGUUGUUGUUCACGUUGGCUGCGGCGGAGACUCCUUUUAUUUUGGUAAACUAAAAAAGAGAAGCGAUCACAAAAGGGAAUUGAAAGUAGAGAGGAAGUGUAAAUAUGGCUAGCAGAGCUUCAUGGGGAGUUGCCACCCUCCUCCUCCUCCUGCUGCUGUUGCUGCUCAAUGCAGCCUGUUUAGCACGCGCAGCGGCGAGUGCGAGCGCCGCGGACUCCUCUAGUUCCGCUCCUCUGCCGUCGACCACUAUCACCACGACGUUCGCCCCCCUCGUCGAGGAGAAGUGGUCCAACAUGUCGUUAGAGUUCUUCACCAUCUUCGUCAGCAUCUCAGGCGGUGCCGGCGUUAUUGCCUUCGUCAUCGUCGUCGCCUUGUGCUGUCGCGAGUAUAAGCUGCUCGAGACGGACGACGAUGACAGCGAGUCGGACAGCGUGUAUUCGGACAGCGGCGCGUCACCUGCUUCGAACUCCGGCGAAGGGCCCGACUACCCAAACGAUGCGGUGAGUCAGACGGAACGCAGCUGGGACGCCGAGAGCAACAAUAGUUUUCCAGAAGAAAACGAAAGCCACGAUAGCUUCAGACAGCACCGGCACCGGCACCACCGCCACCGCCACCGGCAUCAUCAUCGCCACGGCCGCCAUCGAUCGCGGUCGCGUUCGUGUGGGGUGUCGACGCCAAACUCGGCAGAGGAAGAGGACGCCGCUGUCACGGAUGAGUUCUGGAACGGAUCAUACUAA